CUCACCCCCUUGCCUGCCUCUGCCGCGUCUUUGCCCACUGACCAGCCAUGAGAAGGCAGCUCCGGUCCAGAAGGGCUCCGGCCUCUCCUUACGGUUAUCGCUACAGACUUGACGAUCAGGAUGAAGCAAACCAGAACUACUUGGCAGAUGAAGAGGAAGAGGCGGAAGAAGAGGCUCGGGUGAUGGUGGUACCCGAUUUGGAGGAGGAGGAGGAGGAAGAAGGACAGGAGGAGGAAGAGGAGGAGAUAGAAGAGGAAAAGGAGGAGGAAGAGGGUCAGGGUCCGCCAACAGGCAAUGCCUGGUGGCAGAAAUUGCAGACCGUAAGCGAAUACCUGUGGGAUCCGGAGAAAAGGAUGUCUCUGGCCCGAACAGGUCAGAGUUGGAGCCUGAUCUUAGUCAUUUACUUCUUCUUCUAUGCCUCCCUGGCUGCUGUGAUUACCCUCUGCAUGUACACGCUAUUUCUGACCAUCAGUCCUUACAUGCCGACCUUCACCGAGAGGGUGAAGCCUCCUGGAGUGAUGAUCAGACCCUUCGCCCAUAGCCUUAACUUCAACUUCAACGUUUCCGAACCUGACACCUGGCAGCAUUAUGUCAUUAGCCUAAAUGGCUUUCUCCAGGGUUACAAUGACAGUCUGCAAGAGGAAAUGAAUGUGGAUUGUCCCCCGGGGCAGUACUUCAUCCAAGAUGGCGACGAGGAUGAAGACAAGAAGGCCUGCCAGUUUAAGCGCUCCUUCCUGAAGAACUGCUCGGGCUUGGAGGACCCUACUUUUGGCUACUCUACUGGACAGCCCUGCAUCCUUCUAAAGAUGAACCGGAUUGUAGGCUUCCGUCCUGAACUUGGAGAUCCUGUGAAGGUUUCCUGCAAAGUUCAGAGAGGUGAUGAAAAUGACAUCCGAUCCAUCAAUUACUACCCAGAGUCGGCUUCUUUUGACCUUCGCUACUACCCUUACUACGGCAAACUGACUCACGUUAACUACACCUCCCCACUGGUGGCCAUGCACUUUACAGACGUGGUGAAGAACCAGGCGGUGCCCGUGCAGUGCCAACUGAAGGGCAAGGGCAUCAUAAAUGAUGUCAUCAAUGAUCGUUUUGUGGGGAGGGUAAUCUUUACUCUGAACAUAGAAACCUAAGAACUUCAGGGGCCACUUCCGCUAGUUCUGUUUCUGUUCUAUUUCAUGGACCCCUGGUAGUUCCUGAAUUCUUUUUCUUCAAUCAGGACACAGCCAGACGGAACUUAAGACAGCAGAUGAUCUUUCCUUGCCUUUGACAUAUGUGUAAAAUGACAUUGUGGCAUUGAUUUUUUUAAAGGUAGUCUCUCCUGAUAACAGAUUCUAUUAAU